AUGAUUGUUGAAUAUAUAAUUGUAGGUAAUCUCACAUGGUGGACCACGGAUCAAGAUUUGGCGGAUGCGGUAGCCAGCAUAAAUGUCACCGAUUUGGUGGACAUCAAGUUUUACGAGAACCGAGCGAAUGGCCAGUCGAAAGGGCAGUGCAUGGAGCGGCUAUCCACGCGUCAGUUACACGGUCAAACGCCUGUCGUCAUGCCGUACAACAAACAGUCGCUGAACCAGUUUGAAGCAGCUACGCGGAAACCUGGCGAGAAGCCGCCCCCCAAAGCUGGUUACACCGAGAAGCAGGGGACACCCGUAUUUUUGGGCACGAUUAGAAUCGGAGCCGGCGGGUCAUCGUCGACACCCGUCGGAGGUAUUAUUAGCAGUGGCCAACCGUUAAGAAAUGGCCGUUCGGUUGCCUACAGACCUGGUUGUCAGUCCAUGUCAGGCGCAAUGUCCCUUCCGGCCCCAAUGAUGCUUUCUGGACGCCACCGGAACUCAGUGCCUGUCAGCGUACCCCCUGGUGCCGCUCCCGUCGUUGUACCACCCCCAACUCCGAAUCGCCCUCCUCCUGGCUUUCCUCCGACCAUCAGACCUGUCGGACCACCUCCUGCCCCUGGCUUGCCUCCUCCAGGUGUUCCACCACCGGGUAGUCACGUAAAUCCAAACUUUUAUCCUGGAUUAGUUUCAGCGGCGACUCAUGGGGGACCGGCAAUGGGCGGCGAGCAUCCACUGUCUGACGCUGAAUUCGAGGAGGUCAUGAACCGUAACAGAACGGUGUCCAGCAGUGCCAUUUCGCGCGCUGUGUCGGAUGCCGCAGCUGGAGAUUUCGCUUCGGCCAUCGAGACACUGGUAACAGCCAUUUCCUUAAUUCGCCAGUCAAGGGUUUCCUACGAUGACCGCUGCAAGAUCCUGAUAAGCUCUCUGCAGGAUACAUUGCAUGGCAUCGAGGCCAAGUCGUAUGGUAGACGCUCCAAGGACCGGUCACGCGAUCGGUCGAGGUCCAGGGAACGACGCAGCAAACGCCGGGAACGCUCUCGCACUCGGUCCCGAUCCCGAGAGCGAUACCUCGGUGACUACUCGCCCAGACGACGUCGUUAUUAA